CCCAAGGGAAAAAGCCGCGCGGCCGGUACCAUUUGCCCUGCAACAGGGGGUAAACCAGCGGACCGCCGCUCUCCCGUGGCCUCUCCCGCGUUGAGCUUACUGAGCGAGGGUACGCGGUCCAGCUCGAGGUGUGUGGGCGGGGCUUCGCGCGGCCACCCUCCUCGCUCGCGGUAUGAGUGGGAGUGCCCGCCCCCAGAGCGGAAGUGCCUUGCCAAACGGAGGGAACGGGCUGAGCUGGCGGCUGGUUUGCCUCGCGCCGGGGCUCGAGCGUCGCUGUCAUCGGCUUCAGCGCGGGAGGAAAGUUGGGCUCGCGCUAAACCCCUUUUCGCAGGCGGCGUCUCGGAUGCGGCGGAAGCAGAAGCGGCUGCUGCAGGCGGUGGGGCUGGCGCUGGCCGCCCUCGUCUUCCUCCCCAACGUGGGGCUCUGGGCGCUGUACCGGGAGCGGCAGCUGGAUGCCGUCGGCGGCGGCGGUGGCGGCAGCGAUGGGCGAGGAGGAGCGGGAGGCGGCGCUGCGGGGGGAGCCCGCGGGGGAGCGCCGCCGGGAGCAGCCGCCGCAGCCCGAGAGGAGGCGCAGGGCUUCCAUGCAAGGCAAAGGAAUGAAGCUUAUCUUGGUAAUGGACAAAGAAAAAAAGAUUGGCAUGACAGAGAGGCUAUAAAGAACGAUUUGCAGAGAUCAGGAAAUGGAGAACAAGGAAAGCCAUAUCCUAUGACUGAUGCUGAGCAAGUGGACCAGGCAUACAGGGAAAAUGGUUUUAAUAUUUUUGUGAGUGAUAAAAUUUCUUUAAACCGUUCUCUACCAGAUAUACGACAUCCAAACUGCAAUAGCAAGCUAUAUCUGGAACAACUUCCCAACACCAGUAUAAUAAUCCCAUUCCACAAUGAAGGAUGGUCCUCACUUCUUCGAACAGUGCAUAGUGUUCUCAAUCGCUCUCCUCCCGAACUGAUAGCUGAGAUUGUGCUGGUGGAUGAUUUCAGUGAUAGAGAGCAUCUAAAAAAGCGCUUGGAGGAUUAUAUGGCCCAUUUUCCGAAAGUUAGGAUUCUUCGAACUAAGAAGAGAGAAGGGCUAAUAAGAACUCGAAUGCUCGGAGCUUCUGCAGCAAUAGGAGAUGUUAUUACCUUCUUAGAUUCCCACUGUGAAGCAAAUGUGAACUGGUUGCCACCCCUUCUAGACCGCAUUGCUCGAAAUCGCAAAACUAUUGUUUGUCCAAUGAUUGAUGUCAUUGAUCAUGACCAUUUUGGCUAUGAAACACAAGCUGGAGAUGCAAUGCGAGGAGCAUUUGACUGGGAGAUGUAUUAUAAGCGAAUCCCAAUUCCUCCUGAAUUACAGAAACCUGAUCCCAGUGACCCUUUUGAGUCUCCAGUUAUGGCUGGAGGAUUGUUUGCAGUUGAUAGAAGAUGGUUCUGGGAACUUGGAGGAUAUGAUGCAGGCCUAGAAAUAUGGGGAGGAGAGCAGUAUGAAAUAUCAUUUAAGGUCUGGAUGUGCGGAGGUCGCAUGGAAGAUAUACCUUGUUCACGAGUUGGCCACAUUUAUAGAAAAUAUGUCCCUUAUAAGGUUCCAACAGGAGUCAGCUUAGCUAGGAACUUAAAACGGGUGGCUGAAGUAUGGAUGGACGAAUAUGCAGAAUACAUUUAUCAAAGGAGACCCGAAUAUCGACAUCUGUCUGCAGGGGAUGUGACUGCUCAGAAAGAACUUCGUAUUAAACUCAACUGCAAAAAUUUCAAGUGGUUUAUGAAUGAAGUUGCUUGGGACUUGGGAAAGUUCUACCCACCUGUGGAACCUCCAGCAGCUGCCUGGGGAGAGAUCCGUAAUGUAGGGACCAGUCUUUGUGUAGAUACAAAGCAUGGGGCCCUAGGUUCACCACUAAGAGUUGAAACCUGUGUGAAAGGUAGAGGAGAAGCUGCAUGGAGCAAUGUGCAGGUAUUCACAUUCAGCUGGCGAGAGGAUAUCCGCCCAGGAGACCCUCAACACGCAAAGAAAUAUUGUUUUGAUGCUAUUUCCCACAAUAGCCCAGUCACCCUUUAUGACUGUCAUGGAAUGAAAGGAAAUCAGCUGUGGAAAUAUCGAAAAGACAAGACACUUUAUCACCCAGUAAGUGGCAGCUGCAUGGACUGUAAUGAAAGUGAUAGAAAAAUCUUCAUGAACAUGUGCAAUCCUUCAUCUCCAACACAACAAUGGAUAUUUGAACAUACAAAUUCAACAGUCUUGGAAACCUUUAAUAAGAAUCUUGAUCUUUAAAGACAUUAUUUAUAUGUAAAUAUUAGUCAUAAUUUUUACAGGGGAUAUGACAAUUUUUAAAAAAAUAAUUUUCUAAGAAAUGAAAAAGGGAGAAUCUCAGGAGAGAGUGACUAUCAGGCCAGUCUUUACUUUGAUGAUGCUGCAUCUAUGUCUUUGGAUUAUUCAUCCCCAUUAGCAAGACAUCUAGAAAUCUGCUUUGUUAUAAUUAUAGAUUUGGAGACAGUGACAACCUGUGAAGUGUAUAGAGGGACACAGCUAAAUUCAAAAAUGAAUUCAUGUGAAAAUGUCUUUUAUUCAAGUUUAAUUAUCAAAUUUCUUUCAUUUUGUUUCCUUUUUUGGUUCUUAGUUAAGAAGCUGCAAAAACGAAACUUCAUUGAAAAUUUCUAAAUAACUGAAGUAACUAAACAUCAGGAAACAAGUAGAUUACCGUAAAGUGUCAAUUACGACAAGAAUAAAUUUAUUAGUGUUAUUCUUGCAAACCAUAACUUAUAGUAUUAGUAGCAGUAAAUACUGUAUAUCAGGGGUCCCCAACCUCCAAUCAGUGGCCCGGCAUUGGUCUGCAUCAUGCCAGAAACUGUGCUGCGCAAACAAGUAAAGCCCUAUCCGCGGGAUGCAGGCAGCAUGGAAAACCAGCCCCGUUCACUCUGCAGAAAAAUCUUCUCUGUGGAACCAGUCCUUGGUGCCCAAAAAGUUGGGGGCUGCUGGUGUACAUGAACAGUUGCCAUUUUAACUUGAUGUUUGAUUUUUCAUUAUGGCCCUGAUUAAAUAAUAUAUAACGAUCAGUAUAUGUUCACACCUUGUUCACAGAUAUGAAUGCCAGAUAUCUGUUAUAACGGAUAGGCAUUGGACAAGCCAUAUGUGGCAGGUUUAAGAAUAAAGUCAGAUUUUAACUAUGAAUUUCUAAAGUAUAUACUCCUAAUCAGGUUAUAAUCAGUGGUGGGAUUCAGCCAGUUCACACCACUUCGGGAGAACCGGUUGUUAACUUUCUGAGCUGGUUUGGUGAACUGGUUGUUGGAAGAAAUCAUUAGGGCAGAGAACCAGUUGUUAAAUUAUUUGAAUCCCACCACUGGUUAUAAUGAUGGCCCUUACAUCUAAUAUAGCAAUACUGUCAAUCCAUUGGAAACUAAUGGAAAUUAAAUCUUAAGAGGACAGUGACAAUUUUUGACUUCUCUGCAGCAAUAUAAUAUUUGUCAUUUUUUUGCCAAAUAAACUGACAGAUUAGUAUUUCUUGAAUUCUAAUACUAAUGAUUCUUUUAGAACUCUUGAAAGUUUUGUUAUAGUAGCAAUUGACUAGUUGAGAAAUGAAUGUUCAUUUUACCAUGUUUGUAAAUAAUUAGUCCAUAUUCAUGUUUAUUUAUAAUCAUAAAAACAUGUUCUGUAAACUUUCCAGACUGUGUGUAUGUCAAUACUCCCUCUGGAAAUUUAUCAACUAGUUACAUUUAAAAUAAAAAUUUAGCUUCCCAAUUUUACUAGGACAUACUAUAAAGAUUAAUAGUCACACCACUUGACCUCAAGUAGCAAGCAUACUUUACAUGAGGAUUAGAUCUAGCGGUGCUAAGUCUACUGAACAAUAGUGGGUACUGUGACCUUAUAUUUAUUCAUUUAUUAGACAUAAAUACUGCAUAAAAACUUUCCAGGAAGUUAACAAUUUACACAAAUAUUACAUUUAAAAUGUAAAACAUAAUUAAAACUUUAUGAUGAAAACAAUAGUAUAUAUGCCUAAUUUAGCAGUCAAAAUAUACUUAAAGGUCAGCCUAAGUAAAAGUAUUUUUACCCAUUGGUUGAAAGGAUGACUUUUUGAGACAGGCAACUCCAAACUCUGAUAGCAGACAUCAACUAGGCCUUUUCUUGAAUUCCCAUCAAACAUCUCUCUCUUCAUAGUGGAGUGAAAGAAGACAUCUAUCAAGGAUCUAAAAGGCAAGGAAGUUUCAGAAAGAACCAGGGGUGGGUUUCAAAACCUGUCGCUACUGGUUCGCUCAUGGGCGCACUUGCGCAUGACACUUCUAUGCAUGCACAGAAGCAUCCGGGCGGAGCCUCCCACAGCCACCGCUAUCAGUUCAUCCUAUCCAGGGUGAACCGGUAGCAACCCACCACUGGAAAGAGGAGUCCUUCAGAUAGCCUCAUUCCAAGUUGUGUAGGACUUUAUAGAUCAUUACACAAACACACACCACUUUUGAGCCUGGAGACAGCUUACAAAAUUAUAAAAUUGUUACAAUGUUGCUAUUUUAUAUGCUGUUCCAUAAGGCAUUCUAAAUUAUUGUAAAUAGGCGGUUCCUCACUUAGUUGCAAUGAUUCAGUAUCGUUUUAACUCACCAUUUUGACUUUUUAUGAAGUGAACUAUCGUAGCCAGUUGUGAUGCUAUGUGAAUUUUUGGAAGCCAACUACAGGUCUUAAUUGCAGGGAACUGUUUGUUUUAGAAAACUUCUGCAAACGCUUGCCUCCUUAGAGUGUCAGUAAAAUUGAGCAUAACAGCAUCAUUAAAAUAAAGAAGUGCCUUUUAAAAUGCAAAUGUACAACAAAAGCUUAAACUUGAACAAUUUCCUAGUGCCUUGCUGGACAAGAGUAAAAUAGGUAUGAAAUGUACAAGACUUAUGUACUAUGUGCUGUUAGUGAUAUUUUGAGGGUAUGAUUUUAUUUUAAGUUCAGAAUGCAAGAUGGAAGGACAAUGGAUCAUUUAGAAAACCUGAGAAUCUCUGGGUUCUGACAUUUAUUAUUGGGAGGUAUUAAUCUUCACAGGAUGUCCUGACUGGCUAUUAAUCCUAGAUGGUGGCACACAAAUAUGAAAGUGUUAACCCCAAUUUCUCCAGUGAAUUCCCAAGCCUAUCAAUAUAUAACUAACUAUAUGUGAUAUUAGGCCUCCUUCCCAAUACCUAGUUGCCUGGAAACAUGAGAUGGGCGGCAUAUAAAUUUAAUUAAUAAUAGGGCUUGUGGUAAAAGAAAACUGUUUACAUCUUCAUAUAUGCUUGAAUACUUUUUCACAGUGGUAUUUGUUUUAGUCAUCUUCAGGAUCUGAUGGCUUCUAUACCAGAAAUGUGAACAGUACAACAAAAUCUGUUAAGUGGUUCUAUUUAUUGAUAUUGUCAGGCCAUUUUCUGAUCAUAUUGCUCUAGAUAAAAAUAAUGAUGAAGUCAAGUACUGUAGUACUUGUAGUACUUGACUUAUGAUCAUUCAUUUAACUGACGGUUCAAAGUUAUGACAGCCUCAAAAAAGUGACUUUCAACCUGUCCUCAAAAUUAUGACGAACCACCUUCCGUGGUCACGUGAUUGAAUUUGAAUGCUUGCAGUCACAUUUACAACAGUUGCAGAAUCUUGUGAUCACAUGAUUCUGAUUUGCAACCUUCCCAGGUGGCUUCAACAUGGAAAGUCAACUGGGGAAAUUGUAUUUGCUAAACAACUGUAUGGUUCACUUUGAUGACCAUGUGAGUCACUUAACAACUGUGGUAAUUUGCUUAACAACUGUUAUAAAAAUGGCUGGAAAAUCUGGUUCAGUUAUGUGAUGAUUUGCUUAAAUAUUGCUUUGCAACCAAAAUUCCAGUCCUAAGUGUCAUAAGUCAGAGGCUAUCUGUAGAAGAUUAGUAGGCCAUACAAUGUUUCUUUUUACCAUGCAAACAGUAAAUUCAUUGAUUUGAUUAAGUUUCUAUUAUGAUCUUCAUUUUUCUUAUAGAUCUGCAAUAUAAAAAUAUUCACAUCUUGGGGAAAAUGUUUUAUAGAACUAUUCAGAGAGUGCUGACAUUGAUAUAAAAUUGCUAGUUUGACAUAAUUUAAACUAGCAUAAAGAGAGUAAUUUCUCCUUUAAUAUUAACAAAAUCAAAAUUUCUGGCUGAAGAGCUGCACAAAGUUUCUGUGUCUUGGAUUACUUUUAAUGCAGCCUGAUACUAUGCCUCCCAUUAUUACUGCAUAUAAAAUUAUGCCACUAAUUGUUUAGAAAUCUAGGCAUCCUAUUUCUAAAUGUCCUUAACAUGCUCAGAGUACAUAGACUUUUUCCAGAAAUUGUAAUAUCUUGGUGAACAAUCACAGUGAACUAAAUUUUAAACAAAUAUUGCUAGAGAUUUUUAAAUACUCUGAAUUCAUAACUGAUCUUAAAAGAACCAAGCAAGUCUUCCCCAAGUAAGGGAUUUAUUUUACCUUCCUAUAGUGACUUCCUACAGGUGCUUUUCUCCCAGCUAAGUUUUAAUCUCAGCUGGGCUCCAACAUAGGAAGUGGAGCCUUCAAGGAAAUAUAUUAUAGGCAGUAUAAAAGAUAAGUUGCUUUUUUUUUUUGAACAGAAUGCCUCUUUUGUUCUUAAAUUAAAACAGAGUACAUAAAUGCUUUAUAUUAAGAGAUACUGUUGUAGUUGUAUUUGAAUAGUUAAAAAGUUUUACACAAACUUUAUCAUCCUUAAGUAUCAUUUUUAGAUCAAGAUAACCAUUUUAAAAAAUAGCCCAAUUUGAGGUCUACUUACAAUGGUGUUUUUGAACUACAUUCUGUUCUAAGCUCUCCAAUAGAUUUGUCAUCAAUUAGAGAUACCUUCACAUUCUAGUAAGUAAAAGGGGUUUUAAUUUGAACGAAUUUAAAAGCAUACAAACAUAUGUUGUGGUAGGUAGGAUUUUUUUUAUCAUGAAGAAAAUUAUAUGCACUAAGUUCACAACAUUGCAUUUAUACGUAACCAAAGUAAGAAUAACAUUAGCUCUUCCAACAAUGCUAUUAAGCAGCUAAAGAUUUAAGGGGAAAGAAGCAGGAAAAAUGCAGCCCAUAUGUAGAAAGUCUUGGGGGAUUCUUAAACAGUUUUCCUCUUUGUAAUGCAUGCUUAACAGUUUCUUUUAAAUUGGAUGUUGCCACAAAUUGUGUAUUUAUUAUGUGCAUCUUGGGACAAUGUCUUAAGCUGGGAGAGAUCAAGGAUGUCUAGCACUUUAAUGUAGUAUCGCUGAUUAACUGGAAAUCAUUUUGAUGUCAAGUUUAGUAUUUUUACGAAUUGAAUGGUCUUUCUUUUUUAAUAUAUUUAAAAUAAAUUUUUAUUGUGUCCUUUUUCUGAAAACUUGUACAAGUAUUCUGUUUUGUAACAGCCAAAGCAUUUGUAAAAGGAGGAAAGACCAAUUACAUGAAGUAAUACAAGUAAUCCUCGCUUAACUACCACUCCUUCAGCGACUGUUUGAAAACCUUGCAACUCUCUGAUGGUCAUGUGAUUGCAAUCCAAGCACUUGGCAAGUGGCUUAAACUUAUUGUUGCAGCAUCCCCUUGUUCUGCCACUUCCUGCAAGCAAAGUCAAUGGGGAAGCCAGCUGAAAGUCAGAAGUAACAAUCACAUGAGACCCUCAAUUUAACAAUCUGCAGUGAUUUACAUAACAAUGGCAACUGGGGAACUGCCUGGGUUGCUGUUGCUUGUUAAUGUGGUCAUGACAUUGCACUUUAUGACCUCAUCACUAGCAAUGGAAAUUCUUCUCCCAAUUACUGGUAGGAAGUGAGGACUUAACAAUAUUAUAAACCAAAAAUGCCAUUUGGUCAUAUUGUAUUGUCAUCUUUAACUUGUAAUAGCUAUUGACCACAACCUUUAUAUUACAGUUUUGUAAGAAAAAUUUGUCAAAUGUUUAUUUCUGUGAAUUUCUUUUACAGAAAAUCUUGAACAUGAAAAGCAAGUUGUCCAUAAUCAUACCUCUUUAUCUUACUAGGCAAUCAUGAUAAAUGUUUACUAUUGGAGAAAAAAAUAAAAU